AUGAUACCCUCAAUUAUUAUCAAUGCAUUUUCUCUUUUGUUAGUUCAUAUAAUUCUUUAUGUAAUUAGAUAUUAUUAUCAUUAUUUCACUCGUCAAAAUCCUUUACCUGGUCCAUUCCCACUUCCAAUUCUUGGUAACAUUCAUCAAAAAAGAGGAUUGGAAUAUAAUGAUUGGUUGAUGUUAAUGCAUAAGAAAUAUGGAGAUAUUUUUGAAAUAAAUAUGGCAGGGAAACGUACAAUCGUAUUAUGUAGCAUUGAUUUGAUCGAAAAUAUGAAUAUAACUUCAGAAAAAACUAAAUAUCCUUUUAGAAAUAUUCAAUUUGAAGGAGCCAUUGAAUAUAAAUUACAAGGAUUAGCCAGUAAUAAUAAUCAAAAAUAUUGGAAAUACAAACGUCAACUUUAUACUCAAGCUUUGAUGAGUCCAAGUUUUAAUAAUCAAGUCUUUGAAUGGAUUAAUGAAUUAUGGAAUGAAAUGGAAACUUGUUGGAAUAGUCUCGAAGAAGAUUGCGAAUUGGAUCUUAUUAAAUGGAUGAAUAGGUUUACAAAUGAAAUAAUUUUUAGAAUUUCAACUGGUAAGAAAAAUGACGCUGUUAUUUUUCAUUAUAAAAAGAUUGCUCUUGAAUAUAACGCUUUUUAUGAAAAAGAAAGAGAAAAAAUUGAAGAAUCUGAAAAUUUUAUUCAAUCAAUUGACACUUUUGUGAAAGGAAUUAUUUAUUUUUACGAUUUUAAUAAGUUCAUGCGUCAUUAUGUUCCUUUUAUUCGUGAAAAAGUGAAAAGCUUAUUGAAAAAUAGAGAUUAUUUGUAUGAUAAAAUAUAUGAUAUUAUUAAAAAAAGGAGGAUUGAAAUUGAGAAUACACCUUUAGAUCAACCUCUUCGUCAUGAUUUGUUAACAUCUCACAUAACCGCAAAUGUGGCACAUGAUAUCAACUCGGUAAAACAUGUCGAUGCUGAUUUAUUAAGACCAAUGGCGGAUACAGAGAUUUUCGGAAGUAUGAUUGAUUUUAUAACUGCAGGGACCAGUAAUGUAGCAAAUAUGUUUUGCUUUAUCGUGUACUAUCUUGGACAUUAUCCUAUGGUGAAACAACGUUUUCGAAAAGAAUUAAAUACAGUUCUUAAAACAAAAUUCAUAACAUAUAAUGAUCUUGAUAAAUUGCAAUAUUGUGAUGCAAUUAUUAACGAAGUAUAUCGACAUUGUCCCGUAUUUUCUUCGAUUAAUCGUGUAAAUGUUGAAAAAGAUGUCAUCAGAGGAUUCGAUUGGCCAGAAGGAACUUCAUUUUCAAUAUUUUAUUAUGCAAUAAUGAGACGUAAAGAUUAUUGGACUGAUCCUGAAAAAUUCGAUCCUGAUAGAUUUUACAAAAUUGAAGAAAAAGGCAAAUAUUUACUUGAAAAGCAAUAUGUUAAAAAAUCUUUUACUAUGUUUGGAGGUGGAAUUAGAACCUGUCCUGCGAGAAAAUUAGCAAUGAUGGAAUUAAAAUAUUUAUUAGCAUCAAUUUAUAGAAAAUAUGAUCUUGAAUUAGCAGAUAUGGAUUCACUACUUAAAUAUAAUUCUACUUUAAUUACAACUUGUAAAGAAUUAAUUGUUAAAAUUACACCAAGAGAUGUGAGUUAUAAGUAUUAA